AAUCAAAUCAAGAUGACCAUCGUUUCUUGAUUUCUAAAGGCGCAUUAGAUGAAAUGUUGUCUUGUUGUAGUCAUGUUUAUAUUGGAAAAGGAAAUGACUUUUCUGAUGGAAUUUUCCCUAAUACCGACGUCAUCCCUUUAAAUCCUGACAUUUUAGAGUCCAUUAGGAAUUUGAACACUGAUCUUAAUAAUGAUGGUUUAAGAGUUAUAGCAGUUGCAUUUAAACGUAUGAAAGAACGUGUAGAAUUUUCUAUAGCUCAUGAAAGUGAUUUAAUUCUUGUUGGACUUUGUUUCUUCUUGUAUCCACCUAAACAAAGUGCUAAACCUGCUAUAGAAGAAUUGAUGAAAUAUAAUGUUGAAGUUAAAGUUCUUACAGGAGAUUCACCUGUUGUUUGUCGAAAAGUGUGUGAGGAAAUAAAUCUUCCAAUAAAAUCAAUUGUAACAACUACUGAUCUUGAAGGCCUUGAUGAUACUCAAUUAGAAGACAUUGCUGAAAAAGCUACAAUAUUUGCCAAAUUAACUCCCUUACAAAAGGCUAAUAUUGUUAAUGCCUUGAAAAGACGUAAUCAUAUUGUAGGUUUCUUGGGAGAUGGAAUAAAUGAUGCACCAGCAAUCCGUGAAAGUGAUGUCGGGAUUAGUGUUGAUGAGGGAACUGACAUUGCUAAAGAAUCUGCAGACAUUAUUUUACUUGAAAAAAGUCUUAUGGUACUUUCUUAUGGUGUGAUUCGUGGAAGAUUGACAUAUGGAAAUACUAUUAAAUAUAUCAAAAUGGCUAUUUCUUCAAAUUUUGGAAAUGUGUUUAGUCUUAUGGUGGCAUCUUUUUGGUUACCUUUCCUCCCUAUGGCUCCUAUUCAUGUAAUCGUGCAAAAUCUUUUGUAUGAUUUUUCUCAGAGUACUAUUCCUUGGGAUCGAAUGGACCCUGAUUUUUUGGUUCAUCCAAAACGAUGGGCUACAAAAGGAAUUUUUAGGUUCAUGGUAUUUAUUGGACCAGUGAAAACGGGGUGGUUCGUUGAAGGUUUGCUCACUCAAACAUUGAUAGUCCACGUGAUUCGAACGCCAAAAAUUCCGUUUAUACAAUCAACAGCGUCAUUACCGGUUCUUUUGAGUAUUCCAGUUAUAAUGCUGAUUGGAAUCGCUAUACCAUUUUCACCAUUAAAUGUCUUUGUAAGCAUGACUCCAUUGCCAGGAUUUUAUUUCCUUUAUCUUCUUUCGGUUUUGGUUGGAUAUCUUACACUUACUAGUUUUGUCAAG